AUGAGUGAAGAUCAAGACCCUCUUUUGGCCGGUUUGCAGGGCGAGGAUGGUCGUGACCAAAGCCAGGGAACCAAUGGUGAUUCAAGCACUUCGCAACCCGAGCAGCGUCAGCCAACUCCAGCAGAACAAGAGAGACAUAAAGUACUUACCAACUUCAGAGAGAAGUUGAUCGAGCAUCGAAAAUGGGAUGCACGUCUUAAAGAGUUGAGAAUGAGUAUGCGAGAUUUGGAGAAGACGUAUGACAAGACAGAAAAUGAUAUCAAGGCAUUGCAAUCGGUCGGUCAGAUUGUAGGUGAGGUCUUGAAGCAGUUGACUGACGAGACUUUCAUCGUGAAGGCUUCUAGCGGGCCCCGUUACAUUGUGGGAUGUCGUAACACGAUUAAGAAGGAGAAUUUAAAGAAUGGUGUCAGAGUCUCUUUGGAUAUGACGACGUUAACUAUAAUGCGUAUCUUGCCAAGAGAGGUUGACCCAUUGGUCUACAAUAUGACUACUUUCGAGCCGGGCGAAAUCUCGUUCAAUGGUAUCGGAGGCCUUACAGAGCAGAUUCGUGAAUUGAGAGAGGUGAUCGAGUUGCCUUUGAAAAAUCCGGAGUUGUUCACUCGUGUAGGCAUCAAGCCGCCUAAAGGUGUACUUUUAUACGGACCUCCAGGUACUGGUAAAACGCUAUUAGCCAAAGCUGUUGCAGCUACAAUCGGAGCCAACUUCAUUUUCUCGCCAGCGUCUGCGAUUGUUGACAAAUACAUCGGUGAAUCUGCGCGGUUGAUCAGAGAGAUGUUCUCGUACGCCAAAGAGCACGAGCCAUGUAUCAUCUUCAUGGAUGAGAUUGAUGCCAUUGGUGGAAGAAGAUUUAGUGAGGGUACCUCUGCCGAUCGUGAGAUUCAGAGAACCUUGAUGGAGUUAUUGAAUCAAAUGGAUGGUUUUGACACUUUAGGGCAAACAAAGGUCAUUAUGGCAACCAACAGACCUGACACAUUGGAUCCUGCAUUACUAAGAGCCGGAAGAUUGGACAGAAAGAUUGAGAUUGGGUUGCCUAAUGAAGCUGGCAGAUUGGAGAUCUUCAAGAUUCACACCGCUAAGGUCGCUAAACAAGGUGAGUUCGACUUCGAGGCCGCCGUCAAGAUGACGGACGGUUUCAACGGUGCUGAUAUUCGAAACGUCGUUACUGAAGCGGGUUUUUUUGCCAUCAGAGAUGAGAGGGACUACAUCGUACAAAACGACUUGAUGAAGGCCGUUAGAAAAGUUGCUGACGUCAAGAAACUAGAGGGCAACUUGGAUUACGAAAAGUUAUAG